GGGGGCGGGGCAGCGGAGGUCCCUAGUGAUCAGCUAUUACCGCGAAAGGCCACCUCAGCAGCGACAGCCCGGAAGGGAGGUGAAGGUCCACUUGGUGCUCCGCGACCCCGGCUUCGGGCAAAAAAAGAGAGAAAAGCGAAGACAGUGAGCCCAGGCCGUUGCCUUGCGGCCCUGGCCGCUCUCUCUUCUCGACCCGACGCGUUUGUUUGGAUUUAAUCUUCAGGUUGCCGGCGCCCGCCCGCCCGCUGGCCUCGCGGGGUGCGGGGGAAUCACCCGUGCAUGUCGCUGGCGCCUGCCGGGUCUGGACGCCCGCCCGUCCGCGCCGCUUGCCCGCGGCAGCCGCGUCCCUGAACCGCGGGGUCGUGUUUGUGUUUGACCCGCGGGCGCCCGAGGCGGGGCGCGCGGCCGAGGCCGGUGCCGGCGGGGCGGGGCCGGGCGGGCGGACGGAGGCGGAGGCAGAGGCGGAGGAAGAGAGAGCGGGAGCCCCGGGAGGCCCGGCGCCGCCAUGGAACUGGGCCCGGAGCCCCCGCACCGCCGCCGCCUGCUCUUCGCCUGCAGCACCCCUCCCGCACCGCAGCCGGUCGUGAAAGCGCUGUUCAGCGCGCCAGCCUCUGGGGGCCUGUCUCCUGUCACCAACCUGACGGUCACCAUGGACCAGCUGCAGGGGCUGGGCAGUGAGUAUGAACAGCCACUGGAGGUGAGAAACAGCAGUCUGCAGAGAAUGGGCUCCUCCGAGUCAACCGAUUCAGGCUUCUGUCUGGAUUCUCCUGGGCCCUUGGACAGUAAAGAAAACCUUGAAAACCCCAUGAGGAGAAUAAGUUUCCUGCCUCAGAAGCUCUUGGGAUGUAGCCCAGCUCUGAAGAGGAGCCAUUCUGAUUCUCUUGACCAUGAUGUCUUUCAUCUGAUGGACCAGGAUGAGAACAAGGAAAAUGAAGCCUUUGAGUUUAAGAAGCCAAUAAGACCGGCAUCUCGUGGCUGCCUGCAUUCUCAUGGACUUGAGGAGAGUAAAGAUCUCUUCACACAGAGGCAGAACUCUGCCCCAGCUCGGAUGCUUUCCUCCAACGAAAGAGAUGGCAGUGAGCCCGGGAAUUUCGUCCCUCUUUUUAUGCCUCAGUCCCCUGUGACAGCCACUUUGUCUGAUGAGGAUGAUGGCUUCAUGGACCUUCUUGACGGAGAGAAUCUGAAGAAUGAUGAAGAGACCCCAUCGUGCAUGUCGAGCCUCUGGACAGCUCCCCUUGUCAUGAGAAGAACGACAAACCUUGGGAAUCGAUGCAAGCUGUUUGACUCUUCGUCCCCGUGUAGCUUCGUCACCCGGUCAGUGUUAAAAAGACCAGACCGAUCUCAAGAGGAGCACCUGCCCGCAAAUACAAAGCGGAGAAAGAGCAUGACUGGGGCCGGUCCCGAGGAGGCAGCCAGUCCAGAGAAGCCCCAGGAGAUUCUACAUCAGUCUUUAUCCUUGGCAUCUUCCCCAAAGGGCACCAUUGAGAACAUUUUGGAUAAUGACCCAAGGGACCUUAUAGGAGACUUCUCCAAGGGUUAUCUCUUUCAUACAGUUGCUGGGAAGCAUCAGGAUUUAAAAUACAUCUCUCCAGAAAUUAUGGCAUCUGUUUUAAACGGCAAGUUUGCCAACCUCAUUAAAGAAUUUGUCAUCAUUGACUGCCGGUACCCAUAUGAAUAUGAAGGAGGCCACAUCAAGGGUGCGGUGAACUUGCACAUGGAGGAGGAGGUUGAGGACUUCUUACUCAAGAAGCCCAUUGUACCUACUGAUGGCAAGCGCGUCAUUGUCGUGUUCCACUGCGAGUUCUCUUCUGAGCGAGGUCCUCGCAUGUGCCGAUACGUGAGAGAGAGAGAUCGGCUUGGUAACGAGUAUCCCAAACUCCACUACCCUGAGCUGUAUGUCCUGAAGGGUGGGUACAAGGAGUUCUUCCUGAAAUGCCAGUCUCACUGUGAGCCCCCCGGCUACCGCCCCAUGCACCACGAGGACUUCAAAGAAGACCUGAAGAAGUUCCGCACCAAGAGCCGGACCUGGGCAGGGGAGAAGAGCAAAAGGGAGAUGUACAGCCGUCUGAAGAAGCUGUGAGGGUGGCCACGCCAGACUACAGCAGCCUGAGCUUCCCUCCGUGCCUUCCCCCUUCCCUCUUCGCUGCAGAGAAACGUGAGCGAAGGGGCCAGCCGUGUGCGCAACGUGCAGAGAGAGGACCGGGGCUGGUUCGCCUUACCCCUGCCUCUGCGCUCCCGGGCUGGGAGCCUCUUCUGUCCCUGUAAGACGUUUUCCUCCUGCCUCGGGACUGGCUGCCAAGGCUGUCACUGGCCACAGCAUCGUUCCGAGCACCGAGUCAGGAAGUUCUGACUUCUCAC